AUGGCGGCUGCAGUUGACCCAGUAAAGCGAACGCAAGUCCUUCGCGUCAUCUUUGUCUCUCUGCUUUUGGACUUGAUCUCAUUCACCUUUAUCCUCCCCUUGUUCCCGAAGCUUCUGGAAUUCUACCGCGACCGCGAAGCUCCGGCUACCCACAACGGCGAAUCGGCCACCCUUCUACAAUGGAUACUCACCGGGCUCCAUCGAUACAAGGCUGCAUUCUCCCGACCGAUAGAAUCCCGCUAUGAUAUUGUUCUCCUGGGGGGAGCUAUGGGUUCCUUAUUCUCACUUCUCCAAGCCAUUGCGUCUCCGAUCAUAGGCUCAUUCUCCGACCGAUACGGCCGCCGGCGCGCCCUCCUAUUCUCCAUGUGCGGAAACGUUCUCUCCGUCCUUCUGUGGGUGGCUGCCGUCGAUUUCCGAACCUUCAUUGCCAGCCGGGUGAUCGGUGGCCUGUCGGAGGGCAACAUACAGCUGGCCACCGCCAUGGCGACGGAUAUCUCGGACGAGACCACUCGAGGUCGUACAAUGGCCAUCAUUGGCGCUUGCUUCUCCAUAGCGUUUACGUUCGGGCCUGCGCUGGGAGCUUGGCUCAGCAGUAUCUCUACCUUUGCCGCCAAUCCCUUUGCGACAGCUGCAGGAUUCAGCUUGGCCCUGAUUGUGCUCGAGACGGUCUAUCUCUACUUCAAGCUUCCAGAGACGCUCCCUGCUCUGACAGGGUCGGACACCAAGGCUAGUCGGGACAAGAAGAAAGCCGAGCCUCCUCGCCCGCUGGAGCGAACAAACUCCCAUUUCUUGCUUAACGCGAUCCACUUCGUGUUUCUGCUCUUCUUCUCGGGGAUGGAAAGCUCUCUCUCGUUCAUGACGUACGAGCUCUUCGAAUUCUCCUCAAUGAAGAAUGGAAGACUCCUCGGGUAUGUUGGCCUGGUGUCGGCUGUCCUGCAGGGAGGCGUGACCCGUCGACUUCCAGCCCUGACCUCGGUCCGCGCAGGUGUGGUUUCGUGUCUUGCCGCCUUUGUGCUUCUCGGCAGAAUCUCCACGGUUGGGGGCCUCUACCUCGCUGCCACCUGCUUGGCAGUCACGUCCGCCACGGUGGUGACGGGCCUCAACACUCUGAGCAGUUUCGAGGCCAGCGAGGACGAGCGGGGCGGGAAGCUGGGGAUCUUGCGAAGCUGGGGCCAGUUGGGCCGCGGGCUGGGACCUAUCCUGUUCACCAGCGUGUACUGGUGGGCUGGGCGGGAGUUUGCCUAUACGCUUGGAGCUACUGGCAUGGCUGUGGUGAGCGCGGUUGUUCUUGUCGGGUUGAAAACACCCAGAACCGCUGCAUCGGCCAAGCCUGCUGGCAAGGGCCAGUGA